CCCAAUCAACGACGCCCCAAUCAACGACGCCCCAAGUCAACGACGCCCCAUUCAACGACGCCCCAGUUCAACGACGCCACAAUCAACGACGCCACAAUCAACGACACCACAAAAAGCAACGACACCACAAAAAGCAACAACACCACAAAAAGCAACAACACCACAAAAAGCAACAACACCACAAAAAGCAACAACAGCACAAAUAACUACGACACAAUCAACAACCUCACAAUCAACAACAACACAUUCAACAACGCCACAUUCAACAACGCCACAUUCAACAACGCCACAACCAACCACAACACAAACAACAACAACAGGCAUACAAAACCCAUGUAUAUGGUAUACCGGGUACCACAGUUUAAAACAAAACGUUUAUGGUUAUGAUAAUGAAUCUAUAACUCUGCACCAGGAACUGUUUUCUUGCAAAUUGCCACAGUCUAUUCAAUGUAGAACUGUUAUUGGAAAAGUCGAACUUAAUAGGAACAACGCCCAAGGAAUUUAUUGCAACUUAGACAUUGGUCUAUUGUGUACAAAUUCAAGUUUUAAAUGCCCAGAUUUUGAAAUACAAUUGAAAUGUUUUAAUGAAUCAUGCUAUACAACUGUACAAGAAAUAACAACUGUACAAAAAACAACAACUGUACAAGGAACAACAACUGUACAAAAAACAACAACUGUACCAGAAACAACAACUGUACCAGAAACAACAACAACUGUACAAGGAACAACAACAACUGUACAAGGAACAACAACAACAGAAAGUACUAUUUUAGCAUGCAAAGGCAUGCCACCUGAAACAUCAUGCUUAAGUUGUGAGAAAGAACAUUAUUGUUUCAAUGGUUCCUGUAUUCCUGAAGAGCUCUGUCCAUGUGCAUAUGAGGGCACAUACUACCAGAAUGAGACGUGGACAACUGGUAAACCUGGAAAUUGCAAGGAAUGUAACUGCUCAUAUGGCAAUACCCUUUGCAACAUGCCAAAUUGUGAAAUUAAACCUGAAAACUGUGACAAAAAAAAACAAAAAUAUGUGAAAUUCAAUCCAAAAACUUGCUGUGGCUCUUGUCAAUGCAGUUGCCCAUCUGGUAGCAGUUUAUGCAGUUCUAAUCCUUGUAAAUGUUUGAGUAGUAACAAAUGGUGUGACGGAAUUAAUGAUUGUAAUGGUUACGAUGAAAUAAAUUGCAAUUUUACAACAGCAGUGACCACAACAGGCUACGUAUCAUCAACUACACAAGAAACAACAACAACAACUGGGCCAACAGUUUGUACGUACAAAGGAAAAAUUUACCAAGUUAAUGAAGAAAUAACAGACUCAGAUGGAUGCACAACUUGUGUCUGUCAAGAAGAUGGUUCUAUGUUCUGCCAUUCUGAUAAAUGUCAUCCAGAAUGUAUAAUGUUUACUGGUAAUGGGUUUAAAACCUAUGAUGGAUAUUUUUAUAACCAAUCCAUUUGCGACCAUGUAUUAACAAAAGACUGUGACGGCGGUACAUUCGAAGUAAUUGUUUCAGAAGAUUGUUCGCUUAACAAUUGCACUCGAAGUGUUACAGUAACCAGUAAAAGCACAAUUAAACUGCAAAAUUCCUAUUCCGUUAUAAUAAAUGGAUUCCGUUUUGAUUCUAAAUCGUAUAAACAAUUUUCGGGUCAAGCACAUACAAUGUUUCGGAAACAUGGUUUUCAUAUUUACUCUGUUGGAAAUGAAAUUGUUGUAAAAGGAGCAAAAUUUACUGUUUUUUGGCAACCGAGAUCGCAACAAGUUCGUGUGGAAGUUAAACAAAGUACUGCAGGAAAAUUAUGUGGUUUAUGUGGAGAUAACAACAACAAUGCAAACAACGAACUGACGAAACGUGACAAAAAUAUCACUAACAGCAUUAAAGAGUUUGUUGGCUCUUGGGCAUUGUCGAAAUGUAACAAUUCAAAAUGCGAAAACUUGGAUUAUUGUCCAGACAUGGAGUCAUAUUUUCCGAAAUGCCGAAAUUUUUUUUCGGCGGAAAAUUAUUCGGCUACUUGUAAAGAUGCCAUAUGUAAAUGCGCUCAGAAUAUGACAUUACGAGACUGUGAGUGCUUGGCAAUGGCAGAAUACGUGUCUACUUGCCACAGGCUAGCCGGUAAAGCUCUUUACGAAAACUGGAGAUCUAUUCAAGGGUGUGGUUGCAACUGCAAAGCACCGAAAAUUUGCAAAGAAUGCGGAAGUGGUUGCCCAGUAACUUGCUCUAAUAUCAUGGAAUAUUCUAACACACAAGACAGAGAGAAAAACUGCAAUAGUUCUUGCAUAAGCGGCUGUUUUUGUCCGGAUAAUAUGGUUUUAGAUGGGUUGGAAUGUGUGAAACAAGAAAAAUGUCCAUGUGUUUGCAAGGGUAAUGGUGCUAAACACAUUACAAAAUUUGACAAACAAUUUUACACUUUUGAGGGUAAUUGUACAUAUAUACUGUCUCGUUCCAAGCCAAACACAUAUCCAAAGUAUGAAAUUUUUGGCAACAUAUCAAACUGCGAUUUCCAACCACCAACAAAAUGCUUAAAUUCCAUUAUUUUGAGAUUUAAUUCAACUGAAGAAAUUAUACUCAUGAAAAAUUUGAAGGUUUCUGUUAAUGGCCUUGUAACUAGUGCUCCGGUUAACAUAACAAGUGACAUACAAGUGACAGUUAAAAGUCAAGAGACGCUACAACUGGUCAUAAAAAGUGUCCAAAUUAUUAUAACAUAUAAACACUUGGAAAACGGUUUUACAAUUAAAGUUCCAAUUACACGAUAUCAUAAUAAAACCGAAGGGCUGUGCGGUAACUGCAAUGUACAGCCAACCACAAACAACACACAUGGUUUUUGGAAUAAUUGGAAAAUAAAUGACUCCAGUUGUGUGACCCCUCCCGAACCCCCCACCCCCCCUCCAUGCAAAAACGAGACUAAAAAAACGUGCGACAAAAUCGAAAACCUGUUUAAAAAAUGCAACAUAGUCAUAGACCCUGCACCAUACAUUUCGUCAUGUAAAUACGAUGUAUGUGAUAACAUGGGACCAUGCUAUGCUAUAAAAGCAUAUUCAGAAGACUGCAAACAAGCAGGAGUGUGCACUAAAUGGCAAAAUAACAUGCAAGAAUGUGCUUACAAAUGCAAUGCGCCAAUGGUUUAUGAAGAAUGCGGAACUGUCUGCAAUAAUUCAUGUCCCUUGGAGCAAAAUACAGACACCUGUUCUGAAAAUGGCGGCUGCAAAUGCCCAGACAGUUACAUUUCACACCAAGGAACCUGCAAAAAAAUAACUAAUUGCACCUGUGUGGCAUGCCCUCUCACACCCCCAACAAUAUGUCCAAGUCCUCAUCAGAAACUAAUACCAAAUAAUGACUGUUGUAAUACAAGCGAUUGCGUGUGUCAGUCAUGCCCGGAACUACCACCUUGCCCAGCGGGCCAAACUGCUCAAGAUACAAUUGACCCUAUUUGUGGUUGUAUGAUUAGAAAUUGCACACAAAAAUUUUGCCCUAACGGAAAACCAGUUGGUUCAACAUGGAAAAGAAACAACUGCAGUACUUGUGAAUGUAAAGCUGUUGAUUUUAUGUCCUGCCGGGAAAAAACAUGUUCGGAUUUUGAUCAAAAAUGUCCAUUGAAAUACAUUGAAUGGGACUCCGAUCACUGCUGUAGAAAAUGUAAUCAGCCAGUAAACAACUGCGCUGUCGAAAACUACACUGAUAUUAUAACUGUUGGAAAUUGUAGAAGUGCAACACCUGUUGAUAUAGCCAACUGCACUGGACAAUGUACUUCUACUUCAAGAUACGUCAAAAACAUACUACAUACCGACUGCCGAUGCUGUGUACCAAAUGUACCAAAAGAACCAAAUGAAACCGUGGUACUAGAUGUCCAAAUGUUAUGCACAAAUGGGACAAUAUACACACACAAGCUCACAAAAAUUACGUCAUGCAACUGUUCAAGCAAAACGUGUCUCUAGCUAUGUAAUACGACAGACACUAAAAUU